AUGGCCCAGGUGAAGGUAGCAGGAGAGGCAGUGAGGAGCCAACAGGACUGUGCAGAGGUUUACUCUGACAUGGCUACUGUCAGCUCCAGUGCAGAUAUAGGAGAGUCGGUGAGGAAGGGGUCUUUGUGUGAGACCUCCAUGGCUGUCAGCCUUGGCAGGCGGAGCAGGGCCUACCCCUCCCCAGCCAGGAGACGCCACCGUACCACAUUCAGCCACAAGCAGCUGGAACAGCUGGAAGUUGCCUUUGGACAGAACCAAUAUCCUGACAUCUACUACAGAGAGGAGCUGGCCCGUAUCACCAAGCUCAACGAGGCUCGCAUACAGGUUUGGUUUCAGAACAGAAGAGCCAAACAGCGGAAGCAGGAGCGGGCCUCACAGAAAGUUCUCCCAAUGGGUGUGAUGCCAGGCCACAGGGCGCUGCUGGGAGGCAUGCAUGUCCAGCCGUCCAGCAUGGCUCGACAGUACUACACCCAGCCCCUGGCUCACAUCCCCCGCCUCUCCCCCAUGCUGCACUCUGGGGCGUACUCCCGCCACCCGGGCCCGGUCAGCCAGUGCCCUUGCCCCAGCGUCCCACCGCCGCCAGCCACCCAGCGACAGCAUGAAGACUGGUACAGCCCGCUGAGGAGCAACCUCACCUCACCCAUGUUCUCUCUGGCCUCCAUGCAGCCUCUGGACCCUGCCUCUCACUGGAGCUAA